AGAAUCUGAACAAAAUCCGAAUCUUGUGUACGUGUGAAUGUUAACUACAUGGGAUAGCCAUAAAUAGGCAUAACACUCAAACAAACUUGCUUUAUAUUCACACAUGGAUAGUUUCUUCGCUCUCAUUCUUGCUCUGCCAAAUCUUUCUUGAAACUCAUAUUUUUACUCCUAAGUCAUUCCUCUCCUACUCAUUGUUGCUCUAGUUUCAAGAUCGUGAGAAGAUAUUUCUUGUGCAGGUCAAUUUACUCCCACACAUCAUCUUGAAAUCUUCAUAAUAUGUAUUUAGCAGAUGCAUAUUCAUGCACAAUUUCACAGUUUUCGUCGAUGAUACUUGGAAUAUUUAUAUCUUGUGAAGUGAUCUGAAACCAAGUCACUGGUAUACAGCAGGGAGAAAGUACUGGUUAUAUAUGAUGAAACCUAAGAACUCAAGUUCUCAAUUGAAAGCACUUGUUGUGGAUGAUGACAGAGUCAACCGAAUGACUCAUCAAGCGCUGUUGAAAAAAGUUGGGGUGGAAAAUCUUGCUUCAGUGGAAAAUGGGAAAAAAGCAGUGGAGCUUUACUGCAAUGGCGAAAGUUUUGACCUAAUUCUGAUGGAUAAAGACAUGCCUGUCAUGAAUGGAAUUGAGGCAACAAAGCAACUUCGUUCAAUGGGAAUUCGUGACAUGAUUGUGGGUGUGUCAUCAUCAUCACGUGGUGCAGAGAAUGUACAGCAAUUCAUGGAAGCAGGACUAGAUGAGUACUACACAAAACCCUUGACUGUUGAUACGCUCAAAGCAAUUCUUGAUAAGAUCAAAUCAUGAAAAUCCAACAUUUUACCAUGUUAGACAACAACGUCGACAAAUCUCUAUGUUGAAUAAUGUGAUAUGUUUCUAAAAAAUGUGGAGAAAAGUCCAACAUCAUCUUUUAUUCGUCGACAAUAUUGUCAACUUAUAGCAGUUCCAUUGAUCUUUAGUUUAGUUUUUAUAAAUUUAUAGAAAGGGUGGUGAUACACACACCCCAUAUUCUA